AUGUAUUAAUAAUAAUUUGCCAAACCUCCUAAACAGAUUAAGAGUAAGGCUUUUAAAGAUAGACUUAAAGGACAUAAAGAUGCUAUAAUUACAUUAAUAAGUCCUUAUGGAAAUAAUGGUAAUUAUCUUUACUCUGCUUCUAGAGAUGGAAACGUUAAAAGUAUUUUUAUAACUAUUUAAGGUUGGGAUCUCUUAAAUAGAUAAAUAGCAUCCAAAUUUUUGAUUUCUAAAAUAUCAGAUGAUACUACAGUAUAAGAUUAGGAUGAAAAUCAAUAAACAAUGAAAGGAAAUAUAAUAUGUGCUGCAACAUUUUCUGAAUUCAAUAUUUAUGUUGGAUAUGAUGAUGGUUUCAUCAAAUCCAAUAACAUUAAAACAGGAGAACCAGUCUAUACUUAUCAAGGACAUAAAGCUUAAAUCACAUCUAUUAAUUUGUUAAAUAUUAGACAAUUGGCAUCUAGUUCUUUAGAUGGUACUGUGAGAUUAUGGGAUACAACUAGCAAUGAAUGCGAAGUUAUUUUUAAUAUAGGAUAUCCAAUCAAUUCAAUGAAUGUUAUCUUCGAUAAGGAAAUUAAUUUAUUAUAUGGUAAAAAUACUAUAGUCUAAAUUGAUCCUUAUAAAUAAUCUAUUGUUAGAAGUGUUUAAUUCCCUAAUUUUACUAUUAUGUCAUAUUUAAUCCAUAAAACCCUUUUGAUUCUUGGUACUAUUGAUAAUUUUAUACACAUUUAUGAACUUUAAUAAUUAGAUCAACCUAAUCCUUAACCUAUUAAAGUAAUUGUUGGUUUACAUGGAUGGGCUUUAUGUAUGUUGGUUCAUGAUCCCUAUUUUUAUGUAGGAACUGAUGAUAAAAAAAUCAAAGUUUAUGAAAUGAAAAAUUGGGAAUUAAAAGAGGAGUUUUCAGGACACAUUGAUGGAGUUACUACAUUGGCACUUGCUAAUGGACUCCUUUAUUCUGGUUCAUAUGAUCAUCUCAUUAGAUCUUGGGAUUUAGAAGAAAUGUAUUAAAGAAUAAGGGAAAGAGCUAUAAUGGAAAAGGAAGAUUUGAAUGUAAUUAUUUUUUAAAUAUAAUUUUAGAGUAGAAGAUAUGAUGUUUAUUUAAAGAGUUUACCUAAAAAAAAAAAGGCAUUACCAAAGAAAAAAAAAUGA